UGGGGAGACCGCCGCAGGGAGGCGGAAAUUGCCGAGGCGGGCGGCGAGUGCCGAGGCGGCGCGCGGGAAGGUCUGGCGGCCAUGGCGGCCCCGGGGCCCGCGAGUCGCUUCUGGUGCUCGUGUCCCGAGGUGCCCUCCGCCACAUUCUUCACCGCCCUGCUCUCGCUGCUGGUGUCGGGGCCCCGCCUGUUCCUGCUGCAGCCACCUCUGGCGCCUUCGGGGCUGUCGCUGCGCUCCGAGGCCCUGCGCAACUGGCAAGUUUACAGGCUGGUGACCUACAUCUUCGUCUACGAGAACCCGGUCUCCCUGCUCUGCGGCGCCAUCAUCAUCUGGCGCUUCGCUGGCAACUUCGAGAGGACCGUGGGCACCGUCCGCCAUUGCUUCUUCACCUUGAUCUUCACCGUCUCCUCCGCCAUCAUCUACCUGUCCUUCGAGUCCGUGUCGUCGCUGUCCAAGCUGGGGGAGGUGGAGGACGCCAGAGGGUUCACCCCCGUGGCCUUCGCCAUGCUGGGACUCACCUCAGUCCGCUCGCGGAUGAGGCGGGCCCUGGUGUUUGGCGUGGUGGUGCCUUCCGUCCUGGUGCCGUGGCUGCUGCUGUGUGCCUCCUGGCUCAUCCCUCAGACCUCCUUCCUGAGUAAUGUCUCUGGCCUUCUCAUCGGCCUGUCCUAUGGCCUCACCUACUGCUACUCCCUGGACCUCUCUGAGCGAGUGGCCCUGAAGCUUGAUCAGAAGUUCCCCUUCAGUGUCAUGAGGAGGAUUCCCCUGUUCAAGUACGUCUCAGGUUCUUCUGCUGAAAGAAGAGCAGCCCAGAGCCGGAAGCUGAACCCUGCACCCGGCUCCUACCCCACACAGAGUUGCCACCCUCAUCUGACCCCAAGUCACCCUGUCACCCAGAUGCAGCAUGCCAGUGGGCAGAAACUGGCCCCCUGGCCUCCCGGACACAUGCCCAGCCUGCCUCCGUACCAGCCUGCUUCCGGCCUGUGUUAUGUGCAGAACCACUUUGGCCCUAACCCCAGUGCCUCCAGUGUGUACCCCGCUUCUGCAGGGACCUCCCAGGGGGUGCAGCCUCCCUCCCCCAUCAGCUGUCCUGGCACUGUGUAUUCUGGGGCCCUGGGCACCCCAGGGGCUUCAGGCCCCAAGGAGUCUUCCAAGGUCGCCAUGCCCUAGCCCGUCUGCAGAGGAGGCUCCUACGUGUUGGACAGAGAGAGGUCCUAUCCGAGUGAGGGAUUUCUUCAGAAUUAUUUAUUGAAGCCAAGGGCUUGCUAGCCUGUCAUCCCAGCUGCUUGGGAGGUUGAGGCCGAUAGAUCCAAGGGUCAAGAUCUGUCUGGACCCCAGAGCAAGUUCAAGGUCAGCCUAGGCUGUGUAUAAGAAGACUGUGAAAAUUAAUAAAAAUGGCGGGGACAGAGCACUGUGGUAGAGCGCUUACCCAGCAUAGUCCUCAGCUCCACACACACACACAAAUAAUAAUUAUUAUUAUUAAUUAAUUACCUCUAUGUGCCAGCUCUGUUGAGUACUUUGAUAAAUAUCCCUAUAUAUCUGUAUCGUUUCCCCUCAAGGCAGCUCUAGAAAGUAGUUUCCUGACUCAGCUUCCAGACACAGGAAAUGAAACUGGGCGUGGUGAGACAUGCCUGUGAGCUCAGCUAUGAUCAGGGCGGGAUCAGACGUUGAAGGGCAUCCUCAGCUACACAGUGGGUCUGAAGCCAGCCACUGGGCCACGUGAGAAGUGAGACACUCCGGGGUCCCAUGGAGUCUGGAGGCUCCACAGCCACUUCAAGGUUUUCCGGUUCCUCAUCCAGUGUCCUGAGCACGAGAAAGUGCAAUUGUCAUCGGGCGCCAGGGACUUGGCGGUCCUACCUGCUCAGUGCCCGUGGGUCCUUGCUUGUGUCUCUGUACUGGACGGUCUGUGUGGCACCGUUUGCCCCCUCCAGCCAUCCCGGUCCUGACUUCUGCCAGACAGUGGUGACCUGCAGCAGCAUGCUGCUGGUCCACCCUGUGAGUUAGUUACCUUUGUAUAAAAACCAGCCUCCAACCUGCCA